GCGACGCUGCAAUGUCCGCUUUCAGCUCGUUCAAUAACCCUUACAACGCGGACUCUCCUAGUUCAAGGCCAUCAUUCAGCCACUCGUCUUCGCAACAUGGUCAGCCAUCUAUGCACUCAUCUGGUAGUUUCGCGGUUGCCGGCAUGUCUUCAUCCUCAAGCCACACCCAUCAACCUUCGUGGUCGGUGAGCGGUGCGACGGAUACAUUUGCGCCGAGCCGAUCGCAGUACCAGCCUGGAUAUUUGAUGGUGUGUAUUCUUUGAAGACCUUCUCAGACGAAAUGACCAUUUAUCUCGCCAGUCGAUGUCACAAACCGAGGAUAAUACCCAAACAAGCCAACGGCACGAACAACUUCCGAUUGUGCCCACCAAGGCCAAGAUGAACAGCGCUCUCGGAAGAGGCACCGCUUCGGAGUUCGGGAUGGAGUCGAUGUUCCAAUCAUCGAGGACACAACACCAAAGUCUCGCAGAUGAAGAUGCACCGCCGACAACUUCCGUCAAUGAUUUCAUGAAUGCGCUGCAGAGUAACCCCAGCAAUUCGAACUCUCUUUCCCUGUCGAAAUACUCGACAAGUCCCUUCGGUUCAACCCGGGCAACGGAUACCUCAACCUCUCAGCCAAAUACACAAAAGGACCCCGUAUAUGUCAUCGUUUUCGGAUACCCUCCUGAUAAAUAUUCCACGACCGUUUCGUAUUUUUCCUCUUUGGGCGCAUGCACAGCUCCAGAUCCAUCCACGGAAAUAAGCAACUGCUUUCGUAUCGGAUAUCCAGGUGCUGCGGAAGCCAUGCGGGCCGUGAGGAAGAGCGGAGAGGUCCUUGGCGGGAGUUGGAUGGUGGGUGUUAAAUGGGCUGAUCCUGCUCAAGCCGAGACACUACUCGGGCAGUCCGUGCGGUCUGGGGUGACUUGGUCACCGCCUCCCCCUACAGGGGCACCUGAUGAGAUGGCUGUUGAUUCGCCUUUACCUCCAAGUAGCCCCAGCAGUCGGGCUUUGGUCACGCAGACACUCACUGUAGGAACUCCUGUCAGAUUGGCCCCUUCGGCAGCUGCUUUCAAGAAGCCCGGUACGCCAGCGGCUAAUACGCCCGGUGCCAUCGGUGGGCCGGCGACGGCGGCGGCGCAGGCCAAUGCGAGCCCAAACAAGAGUAUGCUUGGGCAAGUUUCCGACUUAAUCUUCGGCUGGUAGUGCUAUCAAUCGAUUGUACCCUUUAUGCAUUACUCAAAUGCACC